CAAUUGGUUGACUUCAAAGUGACAAGUACUUUGGCAAAGAUUAAACGCGCAUUCUUCUAUCGUUGAGAAAGACUCUUCAAACAUUUAUUAGCGCAAUGUUUUGAAUAUUACCUAAAAAGAAAAGCAAAAAAAAUAAAUAAAUAAAUAAAUAAAUAAAUAAAACUCAAUGAGAGUUACGAGCGUAAGAGUGUAAAGAUAAAAAUUUUUAAAAAUUACUUGAUUAAAUAAAUAUACGAAAAUAUAAAAAUUGUAAAAAAAAAACAAACAAAAAAAUUAAAAAAAUUUAAAAAUAAAUAAUUAAAAGUGUUUCAAUAACUAUUCAAAAGAUGGUGAUGUUACAGUCACCUACAAAAAGUGCUAAUGGCACGCCAACGUUAGCCGACGGUCAAAUGAGUCCAAAUUCGAAUCCCGACUCGCCAAAAUCAAACACUUCACCAGAAGUGUCUAAAUCCGCAACGUCAGACAAUGCCGCCACACAAGUGAGCAUAAACUCGCCGACAACGAAAAUUCCUAAAUUUAUCAUUACCCAACAAACACCCAACAUCAACAGCAAUCACAAUACAGCCCUAAAUAGUGCUAGUGUGUCUGUCAAAAGUAACGAGGAUAGCUUUCGAUAUUCUAUGGAAAGGCUUAAGCAAUUAACUGACGCUCAACGUCUUAGUCCUGCGACGGAAGAUUCUGAAACACAAUCAAAUCUGAACGGUAACAGCGGCUUAUGUCGGAGAUCACAAACCCCGCCACUAAACUCUCAAAUAUUUCCUCAAUCACGGAAAUUAUUGGAACUGACUACAGCACGACCUUUGGCUCGGCCGGAGCCGUUACAACAUCCGCAUGCUGUUCUGUUGCAGCAACAUCCACAUCUCUUACAAAACCCUCAAUUCUUAGCCGCUGCAGCUGCUCAGCAUCAUGCUCAUCAGCAUGUAGCAGCAUUUCAUCAGCAUUUACCGGCGGCUGCAUUCCAUAUAAGAGGAUCUUUACCCACAACAAGCAGUAAUACGAUGUCACAACAGCCAUCAACGGUUAAUAAUUCCGCCACAAUAACACAUCCAUCACCGACUACAUCGCCACUUUCGCCGCCUUCAUCACCCAUCUUAACACAAAUGUCCGCAACUAAUCCUCAGCAUCAACAACAACAUUCCGAACAAUCAUCGCAUCCACAACAGCAACAACAACAACAACAACAACAGCAGCAGCAACAGCAACAACAGCUGCAGCAAUUAACACUAAGUCAGACUAAUCCUUUGGUUUUACAACAGCAAUUGUCGGCAACAAAUACAUUACAACCCUCGGCAUUAUUGUUAAAUUCACAGGCUCUAGCCAGUGCCGCAUUGCCAUCUUCCACACAAACUCAGACGGCGAAUACCACAGGUUCCCAUUACACUUUAAGCCCUUCAUCGUCGACUUCUUCAUCAAUUACAUCGCUACCCUCCACGCAAAUCCAUCAUCAAUCUCAACAACAUCCGCACCAACAUCAUCAUCAUCAUCAACCUGAUAUGAAUUUGGAAAAAUUUAAGCUAGUUGCACAAGCUCAAGCGGCAGUAGCACGCUCAUCAGCUGUUGCUUUAACCAAUUCAUCGGUGCGUCCUGAUUUAAGCGAUUACGGCUUUCGAAUACAGUUGGGUGGCUUGGCGGCAGCGGCAGCAGCAGCAGCAGCCACUUCGCGUCAAAUAGCUGCCGCUAAUUAUGCGCGAAGUGACACCAGUGAAGAAUUAAAUGUGGAUGGCAAUGAUGAGGAUAGUCACGACGAAUCGCAAGGCACUCCAACGGUUUGUCCAGUUGACUUAACGCGUUCUGUUCCCGAUUCGGCGACAACCUGUGCGAAUGCGUCGCCCACUUCAUCAGCAACCACAACUAGUGACAAAGAGUCAGCAAAACGUUUAGCAUUUUCAGUUGAGAAUAUACUGGAUCCGAAUAAAUUUACUGGGAAAACGCAUGAAACACUCUCUUAUAGCAGUCAACGACAAUGGAGCUGCGGUAGCAGCAAUAAUUAUGAACGUGAUGAUGAUAUGCAUGAUGAUGAUCAUAGUGAGGAUAUGUCGGCCCAAGACCUGAACGAUAUGGACCAGGAUGACAUGUGUGAUGACGGCAUGAGUGAUAUUGAUGAUCACGCAAGUGAAACAGAUUCGAAAAAGGGUGGCAGUCGUAAUGGCGAUGGUAAAUCACAAAACGGUAGUUCAGGUAGUGGUGGAGGCGGCGGCGGCGGCGGCGGCGGGGGUGGUGGUGGCGGUGGUGGUGGUGGUUCGAAACCACGCAGAGCACGGACCGCAUUUACAUAUGAACAGCUGGUGUCAUUGGAGAAUAAAUUUAAGACCACUCGUUAUUUGAGUGUUUGUGAAAGAUUGAAUCUGGCAUUGAGUUUAAGCCUAACAGAAACGCAGGUGAAAAUUUGGUUUCAAAAUCGUCGCACGAAAUGGAAAAAGCAAAAUCCUGGUAUGGAUGUUAAUAGUCCUACUAUACCACCUCCACCAUCUGGUGGCUCCUUCGGUCCCGGUGCCUAUGCCAGCAGUCUCCUUUAUUCGCAUACCAUGCCCUAUCCGCCUUACGGUCCCUAUUUUCAUCCUCUUGGUGCUCAUCAUCUUAGCCAUUCGCAUUCAUAAAAAUGCAAAAUGCAACAAAAAUUGUUGCGCUAUCUUGAUCGCCAUAAGCUGCAUAGUACUUCAAACUAUUGUGAUGUGUAAGAUUAAACACCUUUUUCUAAAA